AUGCUUUUCUUCCUGGCCCUGAAGGUGUUUAUGUUGCUAACUUCCUUUUAUGCCCUGUUGGGAUUUCAGCAUUUCCUGUGUUACAUCUGCAAGGAAUACGUAGAAGAUCUGGCUAAAAUCCCCAAGAGUUUCUUAGAAGAAGCAUCUGUCACCCUGAUAGUGAUUGGACAGUCAUCCUAUCAUCAUAUUGAGCCUUUUUGCAAACUAACUGGGUAUGCUCAUGAAAUCUAUGUUGACCCUGAGAGAGAAAUUUAUAAAAGACUGGGAAUGAAAAGAGGUGAAGACAUUGUCUCCUCAGGGCAGAGUCCCCACGUGAAAUCAAAUCUCCUCUCAGGAAGCAUUCAGAGCAUGUGGCGUGCAGUGACUGGACCUCUGUUUGAUUUUCAAGGAGACCCAGCUCAGCAAGGAGGAGCCCUCAUUUUAGGUCCAGGUAAUAACAUCCAUUUUAUACACCGUGACAGGAAUAGGUUGGAUCACAAACCCAUCAACUCUGUUUUACAGCUUGUAGGAGUUCAGCAUGUCAACUUUACAAAUAGACCUUCAGUUAUUCAUGUGUGACUUCAUGUAGAAUCUAUAGCUUCUAAUUGGCACCUCAGCAAUAGGACUUUAAAUAUUUGUGACACGGUUUCCUUUUCUAACUUAUUCACUCUACUAGCUUCUGAGAAGUCAUAAAGAUGUAGAAAUAAUAUACCAAUUGAAUUGUAUGCUUUUGCAUAACAUUUUUAAAUGUUAUAAAUAACAUUCUUAUUUUCAUGUUAUGAUAUAUUCAUUUAAAGAAAGCUUUAUUUUUUGGCC